CCCCGUGCCGGCGCCAUGGCGGGCCCAGGCGGUGCCGACGGUGCCGGGGACGCCGGGGAUGUGCUGAGCGGCGGCAGCGAGCGGCGGUGCCGGGCGCGGCUGGCGGCGAAGGGCGCGGGGGGCGCGGCGGCGGCGGCCGCGGUGCUGGUGCCGCUGUGCUCGGUGCGCGGCCGCCCCGCGCUGCUCUUCACGCUGCGCUCCCGCCGCCUCGCCGGCCCCCACAGCGGCGACGUCAGCUUCCCCGGUGGGCGGCGGGACCCGGCGGACGGGGACGCGGUGGCCACGGCUCUGCGGGAGACGCGGGAGGAGCUGGGGGUGGCGGUGGCAGCCACCAGCGUCUGGGGACAGCUUCGGACGCUGCCCGACCGGCAUGGAAUGACCGUGGCGCCCGUCGUGGCCAACCUGGGGCCGCUGGAGGCCUUGACACUGAACCCCAACCCUGAUGAGGUGGAGGAGGUGUUCACCCUGCCCCUGGCCCACCUGCUCCGCGAGGAGAACCAGGGCUACACCCACUUCCGCACGGCCAGCGGCUACGGAUACACCCUGCCCGUGUUCCUCAACGGCCCCCACAAGGUCUGGGGGCUCACGGCCAUCAUCACCGAACUGACCCUGGAGCUGCUGCUGCCCGGCCGCUACCGCAGGAAGACCCACGUGCCCCCCCGGAAAGCCCCGGCCUGAGCGGGCAGGGGCGGCUGCAGGGUCCCUGUGCCUCGGUUCUCCACUGCACACAUGGAAACGGCUCCGAGCCCCGCAGGGAUGUCACACACUGUGAUUCAGUAAAAGCCAUGUUUGGAACUGC